CGACUCGUCUCUCUCUCUCUCUUUUCUCUGUGGCCUAAGGGCUUUGUUUCCGCGAACGAGCGAAACCCUAGAUUCGGCCAUAUCCGUCAAGACAAGAAGAUGCUGCGAGCUGCAGGGAGGAGGUUUUUGUCUCUCUCGCAGAGAUCUUCGACUGCGUCUUCCUUCGCCCUCUCUCGAAACCUCCCCAGCUUCGAUGGCGGCGACGCCUCUUCCUUCCGCAGAUCUGAAUCUUCUCCUGAUCCGUUCUGUUUCAAUUCCGACCUCCAAAGCCUUAUCAGAGGGUUCUCUUCUCAAGCCAUCAGCCAAGGACAGGAGGUAGGUUUCAUUUCCGACAUCCCCGCAACUGUCGAAGCUGUCAAAACUCCAAACUCGAAGAUCGUCUAUGACGAGCACAAUCACGAGCGCUACCCGCCUGGUGACCCGAGCAAGAGGGCAUUCGCCUAUUUUGUCUUGUCGGGCGGGAGAUUUGUGUAUGCCUCUGUGAUCCGGCUUCUGGUCCUUAAGCUUGUCCUGAGCAUGUCAGCCAGUAAAGACGUCCUUGCCCUCGCAUCCCUCGAGGUUGAUCUCUCCAGCAUCGAGCCAGGAACUACCGUCACGGUCAAGUGGCGAGGGAAACCCGUCUUCAUCAGGCGAAGGACAGAAGACGACAUCAACCUAGCCAACAGCGUGGAUCUGGCUUCUCUCAGGGACCCGCAAGAAGACUCGGCUCGGGUCAAGAACCCGGAAUGGCUAGUCGUGGUCGGAGUCUGCACCCACUUGGGCUGCAUCCCUUUGCCAAACGCUGGUGACUAUGGCGGCUGGUUCUGUCCGUGUCACGGUUCACAUUACGAUAUCUCUGGCAGAAUCCGAAAGGGUCCUGCUCCGUUCAACUUGGAAGUGCCGACCUACAGCUUCUUGGAGGAGAAUAAGCUGCUCGUCGGUUAGUGUUUUCUGAAAAUUCAGACAAAUUGUCAAAGGUGAAGCUGUUUUGUUUUGUUCUUUAUCGUUUUUUGAUGGUGAUGGCGACAAGGUUUGUCUUUGUUUCGACUGAAUAAUACAACUGCUCAUUUGUUGAACAGAUUCCUCUGUUUUUGUUUCAGAAAAUCCGAUAUUCUCUGAUUUAA